GCCACAGGCAGGCAGUAGCAGGUUAGGAGAUCAACUGUCGAAAGUCUGCUGGAAAUGUAGGACGUCGCAGAUUGCCAGCAUCAACCGUCUGAUAUGCACCACCGGUCUGAGGUGCAGAUCCGAGACGACCCACGAUCCGCCGGUGCUGAAGAUCUUCGUUCUCGUAUGGAUUGUUCGCCGGUGUCGCUGAGCAAAAGACAACCUCCGGCAUCCGUUUCUGUUAUGCGAAGAGAGUCCACCGUUGUUUCCGUAUCGACCGUCAGCAGCAGCACAAGUCGCAGUUCCUCCGAUCCUCGUCAACAGUCUUUCCAUCAUCGCCAGCCAUCGUCGGCGGUCAGUUCCAGUCACCGUUCGGGAGCAGCGCACAGCAGUAGAAGACCGAGUCCGGGAAGUGAGAGUGCAGUCAGCUCAUCGACGACCACCGGUGGUAAUCUACGAAGUGGUCAAUCGGCACUAGGCAGUGGAACGUCGACGACGUCUUCGUACACAGCAGCUGUCAAUUUGGACCGAGCCGCAGUACUUUUGAGACACGGAACGAGUUCCUCGUCGACGUCAUCGUCAUCGGUUGGAACUGCGUUGCCCUCGGGGUUGAAAGAAUCGAGCAAGUGCCCAACACCGAGCUGCGUCGGAUUAGGACACGUAACAGGCCUUUACUCUCAUCAUCGUAGCCUGUCUGGAUGUCCUCGGCGGGAUAAGGUCUCGUCUGAAUUACUAGCGCUUCACGAAACGAUCCUCAAAUGCCCAACGCCCGGGUGUAACGGACGAGGUCACGUCAGCGCCGGUCGCAAUUCCCAUCGUAGUCUUUCCGGUUGUCCGAAGGCAGCCGCCAGUAAAGCCGCUGCUCGUGAACUCAAGUACCAGAAUGGUUUACUGUUCCGUCAGAAGCUUCAUUCAGCAGUACUAAACUACCAGCAGUUGAACGAAUACCGAUCGUCACUGGUCAAUCAAGUUCCACGGAGUCGCAGUACCUCUCCCGUGGAUAAUAGAAGUACCGUGGUCGAAGAACCGCACAAUUUGAAGACCACUGAACGGAAGAAAGAGCAGCCCCGGGAGGAAACAGUUAAGAGUAAGACUGCAGAGUCAGCGGAGGAGGAGACAUUGGUGAUCAAAACUGAGAAACCUGAUUUUGACAGCGAGAUACCAAAUAGGGACACCAUGCUCGACAGUAGCAGCUACGGUCGGGAGACUGACUACCGAUACGGUCAACAGCAGCAAUCACAUCAACAGUAUACGAAUGGCCACAUGGGAAGCUCUGCAGUCGGCUACGACUUUGGAGGCUACCCAACGCGAUCCUACGAUUCCGGAGCAUUCGAACGGUAUGACCCUGGGUACGGUUCCACUGCCCGAUAUGCUCCAUACGGCUUAAUGGAAGAGUACAGUACAUCCACUACAACGGCGGCGGUGGGGUUUCAACAGGCUCCGGGUCAGACUACCAAUCUUGGUCUUACGGAGUCGACCCAACCGGUACUGAAGCAGGAAACGGACGACAACAGCAGCACCCAGACUGGUCCGAUAUGCCCUCGACCGGUUUACCAGCAGCAAUACGAACCGAACAACAACAACAACAACAACACCAGCAACAACAACACCAGCAACAGCAGCAAUCAUGGUGGAACGGCAACACAGCCAGCGGGUCCUACUACGGUGGGUUCGGGCUUUUCGGCGAUCAAUUUGAGUGUCAAGACCGCUUCGGAUACGGCUACCGAGGGGACUAUCCAGGACAAUAGCUCGCCAAGGGUUGAACGGGCUCCGGAAGCUGACCUGUCCUCUGGAAACAUAACUUCGUCCGGACAGAGUCCCAGGGCUACGGAGGAUGCAGUCGAUGGGUCUCAGGUUAAAAGUCCGCAACGUCAAACCUUAGAUUUAAGUGUUAACCGGUUACCCAAUAGUACUGCUAGUCCGCACAGCAAUCAUCGAGCUUCUUCCGGAUCUCCGGUGCCGAGAUCCCCGCAAGCCGAACCAGUGGACUUCAGUGGCCCGUCCCGUCCAGGAUUGGGAUUCGGUUUCAUGGCUCCACCACCGGCCAUGGGCUACAGCCGGGAGUCCACACCGGACAGCGCUUCCUCGCACUACAUCUCCGAUGGCUAUCGGGACCACAGCGGUUACAGCCCACAUCCUGGCUACAUGGAGUACGCAGCAAACCCAUCCGGUUACCCAGGCUAUGGCGCACCGGGAUCGUACCAAGGCUGCAGUCCGUACGGUGCUCCACCUCCGCCGCACCACCACCAUCUGUACUCGUCCGGUGCGGCGGCGGCGGCGGCGGCGGCGGCGUAUUCGUCGGCCGGUGGUCACUACUCGAUGCCACCACCGAGUCACAUUCCGUCCCAGGAGAGGCUGCUGCAGGAAGGAUUGUCGGGCCUGGGGCGAGCGUUUCACGCCAGUUCACAGGAGCUGAAAUGUCCCACUCCGGGGUGUGAUGGAUCCGGACAUGCCACCGGGAACUAUUCGUCCCACCGGAGUUUGUCCGGGUGUCCGAGGGCGACGAAGCCGAAGAAUAAGCCACGGGACGGGUCGGAAGCGGAACCGUUGAGGUGUCCAAUCCCAGGUUGCGAUGGUUCCGGUCAUUCAACAGGAAAGUUUCUCUCCCACCGAAGCGCCUCUGGUUGCCCCAUUGCCAGUAGAAACCGUUUGCGAGUCAUUGACAGCGGAGGUACACCGAUCGGUGGACUCAAGUACGGUAGCGAUUCCGGUUGUACCACUCCCGGUUGUGAAGUGUCACCAAUCCACAAGAAAAUGAAGUACAUCGAUGAAGAUUCGGAAAGAAUGUCCAAGAGCUACAGUGGAAUGAACGACCUUGUGACUCCACACGACACCCGCAGCAGCGAUGCAAGCAAUCACUCGCUACGGGACACUGACGGUCCCAACAACAACUACAUUCAACAGGACUCCUACCCACCUCCACCGCCGCAAGCGAACCUAACCGCCGUCCCACCAGUCCACCAUCAAUCGGACGCUCCCACUGGCGAGGAUCUCCUCUCGCUGGAAGCGGAAAUCUCCGAACUCCAGCGGGAAAAUGCCCGCGUCGAGUCGCAAAUGCUCCGACUCAAGACCGACAUCAACGCGAUGGAAACGCAGCUAGGUCACGCCGAUCGGGAACCUGAAGCAACUGCAAACAACGGAAGUGUGAACGAUUACUACAGCAACAACAACGUUGGAGUCCGUAGCAACGAGCAUCAGUCCGCCACGGUGAAACAAUCUUCUUCCGCGGGAGAACAGCCAGGAGUCAAACUGGAAUGCAAACUUUCCAAUGGCAAAGCACACGAAAACAACAAUAUCGACAUGUUCAAAAAUCAAAACGGAAGUUUGAUGGAACACCAACCGCAGCAGCAUCAGCAGCAAUCUUACUAUGGUUAUUCAGAUCCUACCAUGGGACGCUCGCGGUACUACGAACCGAUGAAACUGAAUGCAAUCCCGGACUACGGCAAAUCUCUUACAACAGCAACAAUUUAAAAUGGAAGGGAAUUAAAUUUGUAUACUUCAGCAUCUAGCGCUACAUAGGAUUAAAAUAAAGAGCAAAGUGAAAUCAAUGUAUAACGAGCUAUAAUAUGGAAAACAAAAUGACCUUUAAUGAUACUGCAUGCGCGAAUACGAAUUACGAAUAUUUUCUCUCAAUUCAGCAAAAUACAAGCAAAACUAAACAAAACUUUCACAACAUAUCAGUAGGUGUAAAAACGGUUUCGGUUAAAUAUUGAGUUCUGGAAUCAAACCCCCUCGCUUCGACUAUCAUCAAACACUGGAUCUUUGAUUUAUCGAUGCUAAGCAUGGACACAGAAUCUGUAUUUAUUUGACAAAUCACCAUCAACUGUAAAAGUGCUUCUA